CUGCCAAUUACAGUCUGAGCAGCGUGACAGUAUCAAUAUUAUUUAGCCAACGAAGAGUACAAUUUUACAGAAAUAUUUCAUUUCCGUAUUACCUGUGUGAUAUCUACAUAAUAAUUCAACAAUGUUGCUCUUGGUGCUAUUUAUAUCGGGACUUUUUCCAUUACAAGUGGAACCAGUCAUUCCCCUUCCAAGUUUCAGUGAUAUGCGAGCUUUAUUUUUGUUUGCCACUGAAAUGUUCAGUAAACUGAAUGAUUUUCAUGAAAUAUACGAAAAAUUUGAAUCGAGUGCCUCAUUGAACGAUAUCAUGUUUGAAGUGAAUGAAGUUAGUCAAAGGGUUACAGAAUUAGGAAAUAAACUCGAACGAAAACUUGAUACUAUUGUUCAAACGCUCCUGCAACAAUUGCCUCUUGCAAAUGAAAUUUCUGCUGAUCUACGAGAAUUGCAUAGAGGGGUUACAACAGUCGAUACUUUAUUUGAAGAUUUCAAUGUUUACACAUCACCUAAUAAGACUUUCAACAAUGCUACCAUUCUAUCCUUUGCGCAGAGCAUAACCAAGUAUGGAACUAGUAAUAAUUUGAAUAAUGUCAUGAACCAAAUGCAUUCGUUGAUAGUACCAACAAGAGGAUCUGCGUUGAAAGAAAGUCUCAUAUUACUUCUUGGCAAAGAAGUCCAGUUGACUUUUUUUGAUGCGUGUGACCAGGAUUGGCCACCGCAACAACGCUUAUAUGAAAUAUAUACCAUCAUAAUCACCACGGAAAUCGAAGCAUAUAUGAUGAUUAGCUUCGCAUAUACAUAUCGAUCGACGUUUGAAGAAGGAGAAUUUAUGGCUGAAGCCGAAUUGAGCAAAGAAAAAUUUGAACGACGGGUUGAACAAUACAUGCUGAUUUUUCGUCAGGCCCUGCUUUGGUCACCAAGAGGAUUUAGACGAUGUGAUCCUCAAGUUCAUAAACGAGGAGAGACAUUUUACGAAUUCGAAAGAUUCGUGAAUACUUACGUCGUCACGGAAGAAGCGUUAAAUUCGGAACAGAGUUGUAAAGGCACUUGUGGCAGUCAACCAAACCCAACUUCCCUCUAUACUAAGUGUGAGGGCUUCGAGUGUGAUUUCACGGCGCAACGUUGUGAGGGUAAAAUUAUAAAUUGUCGAUCUGGUGAAAAUAAAAUGGAAAUUUGCCUCGCUCCACCGGUUCCCAGGUUGAUAUGGAAUCCAAGACGUUACGAAUGGUUUAGGGAUGGAAGUGGAGUCCUGUACGGUAAUAACCAAGCAGGAUGCCAACCAGGUAGACAAAAAAGAGCGGAAUGGUAUUGGAAACAUAAAGUAUACUCAUGUGAUAUAUGUAUAUGUACCUGUGUCGACGAUCAUCCCUGGAGUGUUGCCCACCAUUUUGUUAGUUUGAGAGAAGUUGUAGCGGACAUCGAUCAAAAUAUGGUCGUUACCGGUCUGAAGUUCAUAUCAACUGAGCGUGUAAUUCAAGUACAAAUUCAACAAGGUAAACUUGAGCGAGAGGGCAAUAUUCAAUCUGGAAGUGAAACGUGGAAAAGAUCCGAAAAUCUUGGCUGGGAUUCCCAAAAAAGCUACAACCGAAAAACAUUCAUUUUCGAGAGAAACUGGCGACAAGCAGACGAUACAGAUUUCGCUGUUUUUAAUUUUAAUAAUCGUACCAUCAACUUGGAUCAUUUGGAAGCUCCAAUUAAUCAUCUCAUAACAGGUGUUAAAUUCUCCCGAGUAGAGGGAGGUGGUGAUAAUACAUAUCCGAUUCAACUCGAAAUUCGAGUGACGCCUUUCGAUUAUACCAACGGUACAUUAAUUAAUAUUGAAGACAGUUAUUGGAUAAAUCCAAGUUCUAUGAACGGUCUUAUAAACGAGUAUGAUGAACCGAGGACCAAAAUCGAUCAGCCGGAUUAUUUAAUGAGCCCAUUAGGUGUUCAAUUGACGAAGCCGGAAUUCAAAUCGAAUAAGUGGAUACAACUUGAAAGAACCGGGGAUAGAGUGGAUGCUGGACAAACUGUUAUACCUCUUCUAGAUGGACUUCCAGUUACAAUGCAACAACCUCUCCCCUUGUCUGGUAUCAAUUUUUUUCAUAAAACAGCAGAAAGGUACGGAGGCUUCCUAAGUUUUCAAACACUGAUGAUCAAUCGCACCGAAUAUAUGAAAUUCGAUACCGCACCUGAAGUGUAAUCAGGUUGUUCGGUGGGUUUUGCAUGUUGUCUCCUAUGAAUCGCAGAAAAUUAUGGCUCAGCUUCUAUUUAUUUACAUUGCAGUAAUAAUUGUCAAUUUUGGUCUGCAAUCUGUCUAAUAUAUGAAGAUGUUGUACUAUUUU